AUUGAAAGCUCUAACAGAGUUAUGAAACUUUGUGCACUCGUUUUUAGAUCCAUCUGUAGGUCGGUUGUGAUGACACAGAUGCGUGUAGAAUAAACAUAUUUUAUGAAUUUUAACUUAUUAUAACUUAAUUGUGGCAAUCGAAGCAAACAUGACAGAGUCUGGAAUAGAUUUAGGCUUUGAUAUGGAGUUUGAUUUAAACAUAAGUUUACUAAAUGAUAACGAAAGUAUGGAAUUACUACCUAAUAUAACUGUGGCAGGAAGUUCGGAAAAUGUCGAAUUUUACGAGUUAAAGUCAUCUCGUUCUAUUCGAUCAGACGAAGUACCAAGUUUUAAAAAUGCUACACCUACUUCCCGAACUCAACUUAAGUUACAAUUGCAACGGGAACAACACCAACAGCAACAACAAGUUUUAAUGCAGCAACAGGUGUUAGAUUCGCCAAAUCAAAAAAUGAACGUUAUAUUUGCUAAUGGACUAAGAAGGAACGAGUCUGAGCUAAUCAGUACUGGUAGUAAUAGUGGAUCAAGUUUCGAUCAUAUUACAAAUUUAGUUCAAAAGGAACGAAUAAUGGAACCGUCAAGUCCAGUCAAACUUAAAGUUCCUCUUCAAAGCAUUGGUGUAGAUGUACCACCCCAAGUACUGCAGGUUAGUACGGUGCUUGAAAACCCGACCAGAUAUCAUGUUAUUCAGAAGCAAAAAAACCAAGUAAGGCAAUAUCUGAGUGAAUCUUUUAGACCAUCUAUUUGGAGCUGCCAUAAUAGUGAAAUAAAAGCUGCAGUUUUCAUGACAUCUUCUCGUAAUUUACAGACCUCAUCUGUGGAAAAUUCAAGCUUAACAGUGGAGAUACCAAACCGUUUUCGAUGUGAUACGCCUGAGAAUAGAAUAGUCAAUUCGAAUGAUUCUAUGAAAAUAUCACCGUUUGGUGGAUGUUUUUCCACAAAUGAUAGUAGUAAUAUUUCGGAACCGCUUUCAUUAGGAAAUAUUACGCAAGGACCGGAUGAAUCCCCAGUAGUUAAUCCCAAAACACACUUAAGUCUUGUCAAAACAAAUUCUUGCUUAAAUUCUUCCAUAAACAAUCGAGUUUCUUCAGGAAUAAAUAACUCGUCACGAAUUUCGAGUACUGCAAGCUCAUUGCAAUCGAAUUCUGCGCCCUUAUCUCCAAGUCUAAGUUCCGUAGCUACGAGUGCUUCAGAGCUUCCAUCGUUCGAAAGUGAUCCAGAUGAUCUGUUUGAUGACAUACUGCAAAGUGAUUCGUUUAAUUUCGAUAAAGGCUUUAAUUCUGAAUUAUCAAUAAAGCAAGAACCACAAAGUUUAACUGAUGCAGAAAUAAAUGCGAUAGCAAAAGAUCGUCAAAAAAAGGAUAACCACAAUAUGAUUGAGCGUAGGCGCCGUUUUAAUAUCAACGACCGAAUAAAAGAGCUGGGAACUUUACUUCCAAAAGGGAGCGAAGCGUUUUACGAGGUUGUACGUGAUAUUCGUCCAAACAAAGGGACUAUAUUAAAAUCAUCAGUUGAUUAUAUAAAAUGUUUAAAACAUGAGGUUUCACGCUUAAAGCAAAAUGAAAUCCGUCAGCGUCAAAUGGAAAUUCAGAAUAGAAAACUUAUGCUACGAAUAAGGGAGCUGGAAACACAGGCUAAAACUCAUGGUAUUAUUUUAACGGACUACCAUUUAACUUCGGUAUCUGCACCUACACAAGCUAACGCAUAUGUAAAGGACACUAGUUCAUCACGAACCGUUUCUCAAAGUCGUCGAUCACUCUUGGAUGACUUGAUUGGCGAGAAAAAACUAAAAGAUCCUAAGAAGAGCGAUUCUAACGGUGGAAUUAUUCAGAUUGACGAACUAAUGGAAGACUGUAAGCAUCCAGUACAAGGUGGAGACCCGAUGUUGUGUUCACAUAGUCAUAUGCUUUCGGCUUCGCAAUCCCCAAGCACAAAAAAGUUGCAUAGUGCAAAUUUUGAAAAAAUGGGUGUUUCAGACCCAAAUACGUACGUCUUUAACGGAAAGACUGAUAUUGUUGCUGAUAACUACUGCAAUAUUAAUUGUACAAAGUCAUUUUGUUCACACCAACAGCUGAAUCCAAACGAGGUCAAUUUCAGUCAUUGUCAACGAUCCGAUACACGGGACAUGUUUAGAUUAUCUGAUGCAAUUCAAAGUUCAGAUUUUAGUGCUCUCGGCCAUUGUGGUUCCCAUCAUGAGUCAUUACUGUCGGCUUCUCAUGAUGCAGUAGAUGAUGGUCACCAAAAUUCAGCUAAUAUGGACGGCAUCAUGAUAACCGAAUCACUUUCUUCCUUAGUAGAAGACGGGCACUGUGAACCCAUGCUUCUAACACCUGAUACAUUAGACAUUGAUUUAUAAUCAAAAAUAUAUUAUUUAGUCUUUAUUAUUUGAGUAAAACUCAAAUCGAUACACUUACAUUAACUUUGUGGUUUGUAGAGAACAAAUUAAAACUGUAAAUUUAAUGCUCAAAA